AUGGCUAAGGACUCGGCUACUCUGAUUGAGUUGGAGUUAAAAGUGUCAACACACGUACUAGGAAAAGAGAAGUUCAAAGGUCACCCUGAACUCCCAAAGACUGAAGCUGAGAUUCUUCAGAAGAGUGGACCCUGUCCUGGAAGAGUUUACAAAGAAGGCGACCAUGACCUGCCUGAAUUUCCUUCAUAUUUUCAAGUGGCCAAGUAUUCAGUUUUUGAGAGGGUCAAACCCAAGACUUUGUCUGUUCUGGAGCUGCAGAGUGCCAAAGGCCGAGCAGGCCAGCAGUAUCGUGUGUUGUGUUCAGUCUUGUGUGAAGCUGAGACCACAGUGGUUCAGGACAAGCUUGUGUUCUGCGUGACAUCUGAAGAUGCUGUGGAAGCAUAUCUGCAGCUGAUGAAGGAGAUUGGGACAGAGGGAUUCACAAAGACACACACACUUUCCCCUGAGGUUGAGCGCUUGGCAUCCUACAGCCUGCAGCAGCUGCUGUUGGAGGAGAAGCUGAACUGCAGCACAUUGUCACAGGAAGUUGGUGUCUUUGUGGAGCUGGUUUGGACUGAAGCUCUCGGUUCCCUUAAUAACAUCCUGACAGUCCCUGUCUCCAGAAUCAGCCUCAAUGACGUGAGCAGGGUGGAGGGAUUGUUACUGCAGGCACAAAAGACUGAGAAAGAGGAUGAAGUCAAAGCCCUGCUACAGGAGGUCAACACUCUUCUGCCCCUCAGAAUGUUCGACCCUCCUUCCAAACACAAGCUUGUGUCUCAGAAACUGGACCUUUGUCAGCUGAUCAGAGAUAUUGUAAAUGUGAGUGAGGCCACUCUGGGAUGCCCCUCACCCUCGUCUCUGGGAAAAUAUCGAGCUCUGAGGUGCAGCAUUGAGGUUGUUCCACCACAAAACCCUGAAUUUCAUGUUGUCUCUCAACUGCUUCAGGACAGGCCGUUUCAGAUUCAGCAGAUACUGCGUGUCAGCAGAGGAGUGGAGCUUCAGUUGUUUAGGGAGGAUUUAGGCAACAUUAAACCCCUCCUCCACUCCACUAGUCCCAGCAGUUUUGUUGGAAUACUGUCACGAGGUCUGCUGCUGCCCAGGGUUGGAGUCGAACAGCAUGGAAUUGAGAGGACGGAUAUCGGCAAUCUUGGAGGAGGAAUCUACUUCAGUGACUCUCUGAAGACUAGUGUGAAAUACUCCAAGCCCAGUGUGACUGACGGCUCUCGGCUGCUGUUGGUGUGUGAAGUGGCGUUGGGUCGGUGUAAGGACCUGCUGAAGAAAGACACCACUUUGACUUGUGCGCCUGACAGCUACCACAGUGUACAUGGAGUCCAAUGCUCUCCCAACAGACUCUCUGAAUUUGAGGAUGAUGAGUUUGUCGUCUAUAACACAGAGCAGAUCAGACUGAAGUAUGUGGUGCUGUACAGUCUGGAGGGAGACGAGUUAAAAGAGUUCCAGCCUCAAAUCAACACUCAGCUCACACAGCUCACCGACACAACACCUGAUAUCUUGUCCAGUGAUGACAGUGAGGGUUUGGAGUCCAUUAAGAAUCCUCUGGAGGAGAUGACCGCAGGUUUGCUGGACAGCAGUGGUCAGAAACUUCCUCUACAGGCUGUCAAUGUGAGGUGCAAGCUGAUGGACCUGCUGUGUCAGGUCAUCAUAUUUCAGACCUACACAAACCAGAGUGCUGUUCCCAUUGAAGCAAAGUAUGUCUUUCCACUGGAAGAGAUGGCAGCAGUGUGUGGAUUUGAAGCCUUUAUCAAUGGAAAGCAUGUCAUUGGAAAGGUAAAGGAAAAGGAGCAGGCUCGUAAGGAGUACAAGCAAGCCAUAGAGAAAGGUCAUGGAGCCUACCUGAUGGACCAGGAUGCACCUGAUGUAUUUACUAUCAGUGUGGGGAAUCUUCCUCCUGGAGCCACAGUUUUGAUCAAGGUGACGUUCAUCACUGAGCUGGUGGUCAGAUCAGGCUCUAUAGUCUUCUCACUGUCUGGCAGCGUGGCACCAUGGCAACAGAGAGCCGCCCUUAAUCAGACAACUCAGGCCACUGUUGAAAAGAUUGGUGUGACAGAGCUUCAGUCAGAAGGGGAGUUUUCUCUGUCUAUGUCCAUUGAAAUGCCUUAUGAGAUCAUCAACUUAAGCUCUUCACACGGCAUCAAAACCAAGAGGACAGACUGUAAGGCAGUGAUCAGCACGUUACCGGGACAGACUCUGGGAUCUGAAGGAUUACAGGUGUCCUUUAGUCUUUCUAAUAUCCACAUGCCCAGGAUGUGGGUCGAGAACCAUCCAGAUAAAGAUAGUCAGGCCUGCAUGCUGGUGUUUUAUCCAGACUUUAAGUCACGCGGGGUGUCCGGCUCUGGAGGUCCGUCCAGUGUGAGCGAUGUGGUCAUUCUUCUGGACUCCUCCAAGUCCAUGCAGGGAGACGCCAUGCUGAAAAUUAUUAAUCAAAUCUGUUUUCCUGCCUGCAUGCUGGUGUUUUAUCCAGACUUUAAGUCACGCGGGGUGUCCGGCUCUGGAGGUCCGUCCAGUGUGAGCGAUGUGGUCAUUCUUCUGGACUCCUCCAAGUCCAUGCAGGGAGACGCCAUGCUGAACGCCCGCAGGAUUGCCCUUCAAGUCCUCAAAUCUCUGCACCGCUCACUGAAGAUCAACAUCAUCUCUUUCAGCACAGAUUACAGGGAAGCUUUUCCUGCACCAGUGGGUUUAGACGAGGCAUCUGAAGCAGCCAGAAAAUUUAUUAUGUCGUGUGGCGGCUCUGGUGGCAGCACUGAUCUGUGGCGGCCUCUCCGGAACCUGAGUCUGCUGCCUCCCUGCCGGGGUGUGAGGAACAUCCUGCUGCUCUCUGAUGGACAUGUUCAGAACCAGCCUCUGACCCUACAGCUGGUCCGAGAAAACUCCUGCCACACGCGCUUCUUGCCACACGCGCCUCUUCACCUGCGGACUCAGGUGCGCGCUCAGGUUCAGCGUAUUGAGUCUCCAGGCUGCAGAUCAGUGGCAGUGAAGUGGCAGCAGUUUAACCCCACAGCGCCCCCUCCUGUUCAAGCCCCCUCACAGCUUCACGCCCUCUUCAGUGACUGUCACACUCUCCUAUACGGAUUUGUGCCACACUGCACUCAGGCCACACUGUUUGGUGAUUUGAGUGGACAAGAGAUCAAAACAAUGGUUUCCACCACAGAACUGCAAAAGACAAAGGGAACUUUCCUUCACAAGUUAACAGCAAGAGCGAUCAUCAGAGACUAUGAAGAUGGCAUUCUAGCCAACAGUGAGGCAGAACACGAGGGGAAGAAAGCAGAGCUGAAGUCUUACAUCAUUGAGCUCAGUAAAGAGUUCUCCAUCUUGUCCCAUUUCACAAGCUUUGUCGCCAUUGAAGAGAGGUCACGCGGGGUGUCCGGCUCUGGAGGUCCGUCCAGUGUGAGCGAUGUGGUCAUUCUUCUGGACUCCUCCAAGUCCAUGCAGGGAGACGCCAAGCUGAACGCCCGCAGGAUUGCCCUUCAAGUCCUCAAAUCUCUGCACCGCUCACUGAAGAUCAACAUCAUCUCUUUCAGCACAGAUUACAGGGAAGCUUUUCCUGCACCAGUGGGUUUAGACGAGGCAUCUGAAGCAGCCAGAAAAUUUAUUAUGUCGUGUGGCGGCUCUGGUGGCAGCACUGAUCUGUGGCGGCCUCUCCGGAACCUGAGUCUGCUGCCUCCCUGCCGGGGUGUGAGGAACAUCCUGCUGCUCUCUGAUGGACAUGUUCAGAACCAGCCUCUGACCCUACAGCUGGUCCGAGAAAACUCCUGCCACACGCGCCUCUUCACCUGCGGACUCAGCUUGACAGCUAAUCGUCAUAUGCUCAGAGCUUUGGCUCAGGCAGGUGGAGGAACAUAUGAAUUUUUUGACACAAAGAUGAAACACACUUGGACAGAGAAGGUGCGCGCUCAGGUUCAGCGUAUGGAGUCUCUAGGCUGCAGAUCAGUGGCAGUGAAGUGGCAGCAGUUUAACCCCACAGCGCCCCCUCCUGUUCAAGCCCCCUCACAGCUUCACGCCCUCUUCAGUGACUGUCACACUCUCCUAUACGGAUUUGUGCCACACUGCACUCAGGCCACACUGUUUGGUGAUUUGAGUGGACAAGAGAUCAAAACAAUGGUUUCCACCACAGAACUGCAAAAGACAAAGGGAACUUUCCUUCACAAGUUAACAGCAAGAGCGAUCAUCAGAGACUAUGAAGAUGGCAUUCUAGCCAACAGUGAGGCAGAACACGAGGGGAAGAAAGCAGAGCUGAAGUCUUACAUCAUUGAGCUCAGUAAAGAGUUCUCCAUCUUGUCCCAUUUCACAAGCUUUGUCGCCAUUGAAGAGAGGGAGCAGAAUGAGCUUGACACUGGAUUUACAGAUAUUUCUAAAAUCAUAUCAGAGGAGGAUGUGGAUACUUUGCCAUAUAUGGGCUGGACUGAAGGGAAGCUGAAGGCUGUGCAUAUUAGCAGUGCUGAAGAUGAUGAUGUAUGGAUGAAGGGAAGCUGCUGUAGCUCCACAUCUGAAGAACUCCUGGGUUGUGCUCGUGGAGCAGCCGAUUUUGAUGAUGAUGAUGAUUCAGAGGGUGGCUAUGGGUCUAUUAAUGAUUUUAUAGGACAAACAUCUGCAGCUUGCCCUUCUCCUCCUAGCUCCAGUAGCCCCUGGCGUCCUUCAGGUUUUGAAGGUAGAAUUGAGGCUGUCAAAGGCUAUGUGAAAACUAAAUUAGCUGUAGAUGCAAUGUAUCCCCCUUACCUUUCCAUCGAGCUUGGUGCAUCAAUGGCUGCUUCUAGUCCUAAACCCUUUUGUCUACAGGAAGACUCAGUAGAACCUCUCACCUUGGCUAACAGACUUUCUCCUCCUCCUCCUUCUUUUGGUACCUACUUGAGUGACAGGCUUCCCCCUCCAGUUGCCUCCCAGGUUAAUGCCUCAGUGCCUCCUCUCUUUGACCUUCGCUGUAACGUUGAGGCAGUCGAAUCUCUCCCCUUAGAUUACAGCCUUGAUUCCCAGACAGGCACGGCUACCAUAGGUGCCUCAAUUGAUGCUCUUCGUCCUCCUUGCAUUCGUAGUCUCCGUCAAGAGUUAAUGGAACCUCUUUCCAAGACUCAACGGAUUUCUUCUCAUCCUUCUUUUGGUGCCAUGAUGUCCAGAACUGGCUCCUUGAAUGACAGACAUCUCAUUUCCCCUGCCACCCAGCUUUUUUCCUCAGAGCCUCCUCACUCUUAUUCUAGGAGAUCUGAAUCAGGGGAAUACAUAGACUACGGACUUGAUUCCCAGAAAGAAAUUACUCCAAUAAUUUGCCCCAUGAGUUCUACCUUUUCCUGUGCCACAGAGAUCUACACCGAGCUUGACACCUCAACACGUACUCUCUUUACAGAUCCUCCUCAUCCUCCUCGUCUCGCAUCUCAGCCAUUCAUGUCUAUGACUCCAAGCCCUGCUUCCCCUCCUAUUUCUCGCAGGGUGGUUGCAUCUUUUUCCAGGAGGCGCAGGGCUGGCUUUGAUCAACCUGUGUUGUAUGCACCCCCCUCUCUCCCUGUAUCUGGUGGCUUUGGUGGUUUCCUCCAAAGUACAAAUGGGUAUGUGGGUUAUGGUUCCUCAGCCACUGGACUCUUUGGAGCAUCUCUGGAACUGCAGAAAAAGGCACGACAAGAACCACUACAACGAAUAGCCACUCUGACUUCUGAAGCUGCUACACACAGUGCCGCUUCCUACCCGGCUCCCCCUCUUCCUGCUCCUUCUGUUCUCUUUGGUCAACCUACAGUUCCUGAGUUUGCUAUUGGCAUGUCAAAUGCCGUUGUAUUUGGUGGCACUACUGGUGUCCUGCAAAAGGCAGCUGAGCCUGAACAGUCUUCUGGUUUCUCAGUUUUUAGCUUUGGAGCAUCUCAGCAACAACAAAAACACCCUGUGUUUUCUGCACCUGGCUUUCCUAUGCGUAGAGGGAAUAUGGGUCUGUCGCUUCCAGGAAAACCGAUGAGCAGACCAGACACAGUGGCCUGGAAUGGGUUGUUCGAACUUCAGCAUGAGGAUGGAUACUGGGAGUUGACUGACAGGCUGAGCAGCUUCCUCAACCUGGACGUAGACUUUUUUGCAAAUGUCUUCCUUCAGGAGAAAGGCAUCCGUUCUUUUGGUGUGAAGGCUCAUGCUGAAAUUCUGAGGCUGGUGGCGACUCUGCUGGUGCUGCAGCUGAUCCGGGUGAAGAAGCUGGAAUUGGGACGGUUGCUUGAGUCUCUCCUCCGACUAAAAGAGUCCCAGGAGCCCAGACCGAUGUACUGGGAGGCAGUGAAGAGGGCCGUGGACUGGGCCUGCCGGACAGACAGACAGUAUCCGUGUGUGUGCAGCAGGCUGGAGAUCGGGCAGGAUUGGGAAUCAUCUACACGUCAACUACUGGGCUGUGAUUCUCCACACCCAUAUUCCCCACUCAAACCUGUUCUGGAGAGACGUAUGGAUGUAUCAGUCAUGUAGAAACUAGACAAAAACUUUCCUCUUCAUUGACAGUUGCUGCUUCACUUGGUGUUAGCUUAAUAUUGCAGAAAUGAUCUUCAUAGCCUUAAAGUGUCUCAAAAAUAUAUUUGGACACUUUUAGCCACACUUAAAAUUGCAAAAUGUCAAACCAAGUAUUUACAAAUAAAUGAUGCAAAACUAACUAGCUAACAGACCAGCUUGAUAACUGAUUGAAAUGCAAAUAUGGCUAUAUGAUGAGAAUUAUGCUUGAUUUACUGUAUUUUAAGUUUAAGUGCUGUUACUAUGAGAAACCAUGACAACAAACAAGGUGGACAAGGGAACAAGGGAAAACAGGAACUAAACAAGAAAGUGAACACAGAAACAAUGUGGAACAGAAACCCUUCAAAAUAAGAGUCCAAGACAGGGGGAAAAGACAAGGAUCUUAACAAGUACAGUUUAAUAAAUCAGUUUUUGUGAAGUUUACAUUAUUUUUAUGAAACAGCAUAAUUGUAUAAUCACAAACCAAGUAAUCACUGUUUUUA